GGGGGCUGGCCGUGUUGGCUCCGCAGUCAUGGUUCGGAACGUGGACGACCUGGACUUCCACCUGCCCUCGCACGCCCAGGACAUGCUGGACGGGCUGCAGAGGCUGCGCUCUCAGCCCAAACUGGCCGACGUCACGCUGCUGGUGGGCGGCCGGGAACUGCCUUGCCACCGCGGCCUCCUGGCGCUCAGCAGCCCCUACUUCCACGCCAUGUUCGCAGGCGACUUUGCCGAGAGCUUCUCGGCACGUGUGGAGCUGUGGGACGUGGAGGCUGCCGUGGUGGGGCAGCUGGUGGACUUCGUGUACACGGGCCGGCUGACCAUCACCCAGGCCAACGUGGAGGCCCUGACACGCACGGCCGCGCGCCUCCACUUCCCCGCCGUGCAGAAGGUCUGCGGCCGGUACCUGCAGCAGCAGCUGGAUGCCACCAACUGCCUGGGCAUCUGUGAGUUCGGGGAGCAGCAGGGGCUGCUGGGCGUGGUGGCCAAGGCCUGGGCCUUCCUCCGGGAGAACUUCGAGGCGGUGGCGCAGGAGGACGAGUUCCUGCAGCUGUCCCAGGACCGGCUGGCCGCCUGUCUGGCCAGCGACCUGCUGCAGGUGCAGCCGGAACAGAGCCGGCUGGAGGCCCUGCUGCGCUGGGUGCGCCACGACCCCCAGGCCCGGGCCGCCCACCUGCCUGAGCUGCUCGGCUUGGUGCGCCUGGACGCCGUGCCCAGGCCCUGCGUGCAGCAGCUGCUGGCCACAGAGCCACUCAUCCUGGAGUCGGAGGCGUGUCAAGCAGCCCUGUCCCAGGGCCAUGAUGGGGCACUGCCUGCCCUGCCGCAGCAGCUGGAGGAGGUUCUGGUGGUGGUGGGCGGCCGGGCCCUGGAGGAGGCCGAGGAGGGCGCCGAGGAGCCCGCCCCCCAUCUCGAGAACUUCGCUUUCUACAACACCAAAGCCAAGAGGUGGACGCCGCUCCCCGACUUCCCCGACUUCCACAAGUGGGGCUUCUCCCUGGCUGCGCUGAACAACAGCGUCUACGUCACAGGUGGCUCUCGGGGCACCAAGACGGACACCUGGUCAACCACCCAGGCCUGGUGCUUCCCCAUGAAGGAGGCAGCCUGGAGGCCGGUGGCACCCAUGCUGAAGGCCCGCACAAACCAUGCCAGCUCGGCGCUCAACGGGGAGAUCUAUGUCAUCGGCGGCACCACCCUGGACGUGGUGGAGGUGGAGAGCUACGACCCCUACACGGACACCUGGACGCCUGUCAGCCCGGCCCUGAAGUACGUCAGUAAUUUCUCCGCGGCCGGCUGCCAGGGCCGGCUCUACCUGGUGGGCUCCAGCGCCUGCAAGUACAACGCGCUGGCCCUGCAGUGCUACAACCCCGUCACAGAAGCGUGGAGCAUGAUCGCCUCGCCCUUCCUCCCCAAGUACCUGUCCUCGCCUCGCUGUGCGGCUCUGCAGGGGGCGCUCUACCUGGUCGGCGACAACACCAAGAAGGUCUACGUGUACGACCCCGGGGCCAACCUGUGGCAGAAGGUGCAGUCCCUGCAUAGCCUGCACGAGAACGGCGCGCUGGUGCCGCUGGGCGACGCACUGUACUUGACGGGCGGCCGCUGGCAGGGCAUGGAUGGCGACUACCAUGUGGAGAUGGAGGCCUACGACCCUAGAAGGGACGCCUGGAUCCGCCACGGCGCCCUGCCCCGCCUCUGGCUCUACCACUGCGCCUCCACCGUCUUCCUGGACGUCUCCAAGUGGACCCAGCGCUUCAGCCCCGCCCAGGAGCACUGAGCGGCUCCCCAGCACACCCAGAGGCAGCCAGCUGCCCCCCAUGGGAGCGCCCCGUUUCGUUUUACUUGUUUGUUCACUCGGCGGGGGCUGGACUCAGGGCACCAGGGACAUCAGAGGGACAUGGUUUUGGUCUCCGCGGCCACCACACCAGCUCUGAGCUAACCAGCGGCUGCCUCCAGCCCACAGGGGUGUCUGAGACCUCAGAGGAAGGAGCGAGGGUCCAGGAAGCAUUGUGAGAACCCAAUGGGCUGGCCCUGGAGAGGAAGCUGUGCAAACGAGGGGUGACACAGAGUGGCCCGGGCGCUGAAGCUGCUGGGGAGGGGGGCAGCCUGGCCCCCAGCUGUGUGCCCACGGCCAGCAGCCCCCUCUCUGGGGCUCCGGCUCCAGCUCCAGGCCCACUGGCAGCUCA